AUGCGGCCCGAGCAGGCCGCCACCGUGGUCGCCCGCAUCGGCGAUCAUGAUCUCACCACCUUCGAGGACGUCCGUCACCAGGAGCGUAACAUCACCAGCAUCGCGCGGCACCCGCAGUACCACGUCUCGCAGAAGGAUCUGGCGGUGAUGGCCGGCUGGGGCCUGGUCGAGUUCAGCGGCGAGACGGCCGACGUGCUGCAUGAGGUGCCGCUGCGCGUGGUCGACGAGGACGUCUGUGAGAACGCCUACCGCAGGGCGCCGGUAUUCAACAUGACAUUUCCCGGUGGCUUUCAAGGUACCAAGACCCGCGCGGACAGCCGCGACGACAAGCCACGGGACGCGUGUCGGGGAGACUCGGUGGGUCCGCUGAUGGUCCAGCUUGCCGACGCCUCCUACCAGCUCAUUGGUAUCGUCUCCACCGGCGUUGGCUGUGGGAACCCUGAAUUUCCCGGCAUCUACACCAAGGUGUCCUUCUACAUCGACUGGAUCCUCGGCAAUCUCAUUGAGUAG